AUGCACAGCAAGCAGAGCGAAAACAUCAUGAAGGGGCUGCUUCUCGCACACAGGCAAGGCCUGGACAUGGAAAUUGCCACGAAGAGCUUUUGGGUGCCGAUGCUUUGCCAGAAAGGAAUGCUGAUCAGUGUCAACAAGCAGUUUUACAUCUGCUUGGGCCCGACGCCCGCAGUUUUGCCAUUGCAAGAGAUUGGCUUUGCAUUCAAUGGCCCCCUGCCAGCCGAAGACCUGGACGAGAGCCAGGUCCCGAUCGACAGUGGCAAGACACAACCGGUGCAGACACUCCUCCUGAAGCUCUCGGUUCGGUGCUUCAAGUACUCGCUUCACGUGGCAGUCGGCUCCUGGACCGAAGAGCUGGACUGCAACGUGCUUCUUCGCAGAGCCAUGCAGUCCGUGCCUUUGAUCGUGCGGCUUGUGGAAACCGGCGAGGUGAUCAAGCUGACUGCAGAGUGCUUGAGCCAGGCUCUGGAGGCCUACGGUGCCAAUGUUCGCAAAAACACGACGAAGACCCAGAAGAUCAGGGCAAUUUGCAAACUUGGCAUCGUUCAGCAGCACGUGAGCCAGGCCUGUGUGGAGACGGUCUUGCAGACUUGCCAAGAUUUGGACGAGAAGAGACGCAAAAGGACUGGAUCCAAGUCCCAGCAAGAGGAUGACGGCAACUCAGAUGAAGAUGAGCUGGACGAGGUGCAAGACUUGCUCAUCGAGAGGGAUCCAGCAUGGGCGGCUGCUGAGGAUUUGCUGGACAAGCUCGAGCAGACCCAUGAAGAGAAGCAGCGAGAUGCUGAUCAGACAUCUGGCGCCGAGAUGCCAGUGGAGGCAUCAGCAGCGACGAGCAGCGAGGAUCCGGGAGCUGGGAUGGCUGCAGCCAGGGAAGAGAAGAGCCGCCGCCUUCUCGUGACCACACGCACGAUCCCGCAGUUCUUGAAGGAAAGGUUUGCUGCAUUGGAGAACGUUGCGAUGACACACCAGGUCACCAAAGACAAGACUCUGCCGCACUUCCAAGCAAGGUUGCUCAGCGGCACCCACGCGGGGAAGAUUCUCGGCAUCACUUUGGAAGCGAGUUUAUCUCGUGGUCGGGUUUAUUGUGCCCCCAAGCAAUCGACCAGGGGGUCUUGCGCUGCCAGCUACAACCCGGACAUCCAAAGCCGCGAGAUCAAUGAAUCCAUCAAGCGUGGAGCACAGCUGCCACCCAAAGAAAGGAGCCAAGCGCAGGCAUAUUACAUAUGCUGGUGCUGGGGCAAGGAGGCCGAUGAUGCUUUAAACUCCGCGAAGAGACGGAGAGUGGCCUAG